AUGAAAAACAACAAAAAGGAAAAUUAUGGUUCAAUUUCGAAAAACAGUAUUGACAGUGAUGAAAUGAAUUAUAAUAUACAUAAUAAUAAAAAGGAUAUUAUAAAAAAAUAUCUAAGUGCAGUAGAGGAAGAUAUGAAAGAAGAAAUAGAAAACUUUUCAGACAAUAUUUUAAAAAGUAAUCUUUCUUACAAUCAAUCUGAAGAAAGUAGCUUUAUAGAGAGUGAAGAUAAUAUUAUCUUAACAGAUAAAGAUAUUAGGAAUUCAGAUGAUGAAAAACAUUUAAUAAAUAAAGAAAAUAUAAAUAAUUCUUUUUCAAAUAGGAUAACUAAUAUUAUUAGUAAUAGCGAUAAUAAUUCAAAUUGUUUUUCAUUAAAUGAGGAUCUUAAUUAUCUUGAAGAUAAAAAAAAAUUUAAUGAUGAAAAGGAAGAAGGACAGUGUGAAAAAGAAGAGAAAGAAGAACAUUAUGAAGAAGAAGAAGAAAAAUAUGAAGUUAUGAGAACUGAUAAGGAUAUAAUUUAUAAAAUUAAUGAUAAUUUAGAAAUAGAUACUCUUUUAACUUUAGAUAAAUCAAGUGAAUUAGCAUCCAUCAAUGUAGAAGAUGAUAAAUUUUUUAUGAAUCAAUUACAAACAAUUAAAAAAAAAAAUUUAAUUUUUGAGAUGGAAAUCAAAGAUAUAAACGAUUGGAAAACUAAAUAUACAUAUUUAAUUUCAUCGUUUCGUAAAUUAGACAGAGAAAUUAAUAAAAUUAUAAAUAAUGAACACAUUAAUUUAUUAACUAGAAGAAGCAUUAAACAACACAAAGACUUUUUAGACAAUGAAUAUAAAGAAUGGUUAUUUAUAUCACAAAAAACUAUAUCUGAAUUUAAAAAAAACAUUGGAACACAUGUUUCUGAAUUAAAUGAAAAAGAAUAUUUAAUUCUAUCAAAAAAUAUUUUUGAGAAUUUAAAGGAAAAUAAUAUAGAAGAGAAUAAUAUAAAUUCUAUAUUAUACUUAUUUAUUAUAAAGCAAGAAUUAACAAUUAAUGAUAGUCUAAUGAAAUAUUUAGAAGAUUGCUAUUUAUCUACUAAUACUGAUAAAUUUUUGCAAAACACAAUGAAAAAAAUAAAUGAAAUGAAAAAUAAUAUUAAGAAUAUUGGAGGAAAUACAGGAAAAUGGAAUGAUGAUGAUAAUAAUUAUUUUAUAAAAGUAUACGAGAAUAACAAAACUUAUGGAGAUGAAAUAAUUGUUAAAAUAUUAAAAAAUGGCAUAAAUAAAAGUGAGGAAGAAAUAUACGAACAUAUUUCAUGGUAUCAUAAAUAUCUCACUUAUAACAAUUUAAAGAUAAAAUAUAUGAAUAACAUUAACAUCAUAAAUAUUAAUGACCAAAAGAAGAAUAAUUCUAAAGAUACAGAAAAAAAAUUUAUGAUACAAAAAUGGAAGGAAAAAAAAAAGAUAAAAAUAAAAGAGCUAGAACAAACAAAAAAAGAAGAAAUGAAAAUAAAAAAAAAAAUGAGAGAGGAAAUUAAAAAAAAAAAACAGAUGAUACAAGAACACUUAAACUCAAAAAAGGAGGAAAUGAAAAAAAAUAAUCAAGAGAAGCGUCAAAAGAGUAUCCUUUCUGAAGAAAUGUUGCAAAGAAUAAACGAGAGAAAUGAAAGAAUUUUACAAAAAAAAGUUCAAUCAAAUUUAAAUUUCAAUGAAGAAAAUAAUGAAAAGGAUAAAAAAAUAAAGCAAAAAUAUACGCACAUCCAAAAAAAUAUUUUAAAAAGGAUUGAAUCAAGUGUUGAGACUAUAAAGAAUAUUUUAUAA